AUGGUGUGGUGGUCGUUGAACGAUGCUAGAGCGCCACCAGGCCCGCUAACGGUAAAUGCUACGGAUACACAAGACUCCCCCUGCUCUGAGUUUCGCAAGCUUUUCUCUCUUACGGCUUCCCACGAGCACGCAAGGCGCUUCGUUGUCUGCCAGGCCAUUCGAGAUGACGCGCUAGACAAAUGCGCACGACAGCCUUCGCGAUUUUAUUUUGAAUCGCUGCAUGAUCUUAUGCUUGAACAGAGUGACCAGUAUCGCGACUUGAUGAACCUUGUCGCUUCCCAGCAGUACACGGACCUGGACGCCACUGAAUGUGACCGCUGGCAACAGUUCCACUACUACGCCAUUGGCCAGCAUGAGAUCCUGGGGCAAGCCUUGCAAGGCUCUGACGAACAGUGGGUCAGGUCAGUAUUAGACGAGACAAGAUCCUGGCUUAGAGACAACCCACCAAAAAGCCAGAAUGAGACUUGGCGUCACUUCAACGCCAGUGAGGUUGUGUCUUUGAUAGAGUGUGGAUCUCGCCCCAAUCUUGUCCAGGGUAAGGUCGACGCUUACUUUUGCUCCACGACUCAUGCGGUUAGCUUGAUCGACUCGGGCGCUAUUCUCGUCGUGAACCACCAGCAACCUUACCCAUGGAAUGGUCAACCAAUCAAGGAUCUUUUCGACACUUACAACCCAGCUCGUGAAUUAGACAGAAAGUAUCCAGUCUGCAUCCCUUCGCUACCCAUGGACGUCACUGAUGCACAAGGGAACAUCAUCUGCCGCGGCUCAUGUUUCAAACCCAAAUCUCUAGGACAGAUACGGCGCAACUUCUUGGAAGACAAGGUACAAGUACAACGGUCCCUGUGGAACGUGCUUGACAUGGAGCAGUGGGUACCUGUUCCAUACCCACCAUUUCUCACACAUCCCAACUCCCAACUUCUGCAGAGCCUCAAGGCCUGCAACAAGGGGGGUACCAUACUCAGCAACAGAGCUACCACCUUUAUGCUCCUGAGCCACGGCGGAAAUCAUACAUCUUCGCAUGUCGAUGACUGCGGUUCUGGUGUCUUCCUUACUGUCCAACAAGGCAUAGUCGGCAUUGGCUGGAUCCCCGUCACAUGGCAAAAGCGAAUCAAGUGGGGUGAGGAUCCAGCCUCGGUGAAGCAACAAGCGAGGUAUGUAGUGCUUCGUCCUAACCAGACAAUUUAUCUACCCCCUGGAACAAUCCAUUUUGUCUUUCGCAAAGCAGGACAGCAUACCCUGAUCACUGGGGGAGAGAUUAUCACGUGGGCUGGGAUGAGGAGAUGGCUGUGCAUCUUGAAGCACCAGGAGCUGUGCGAGGCCGAAGUGAAUGUCACACGCGAGUCUUCUCAACAAUGGGCAGAUUGUGUUCUCGAGGCUAUGAAGCAACGGGAGCAAUCCGACUCCUGGGCUAUUCUUGGAGGGCCUGAAGAAGCAGGACUCAUCCUUUCCACACUUGAGAAGUGGGCGACUUUCAAAACAAUGGAGGAUUAUUUUGCAUUUCAGGGCUGGGAUAUGGAUACAUUCUAA